UAGGAUCAUACAUGAGGCCUGCGGGGCCCAAUAGGAAUGUGAAAGUUGAGACCAAACCAAAACCCCAACCCAAGUGCGCCAUUGCCUUCUUCAUACACUCCGCCUCUGCUCUGCUACUCUCAACAUCUCAGGUAAAUUAUUCCACUACUCCUUCCAACCUCACCCAUCCCUUCUUUUUUCGUAUUUUACGGCGACGGAGAAUAAGAAUUAGCACUUGCAAACCUAUUCUUUAUGUCAAAUUCUCAUUUCAAUUUUGGAUGUUAUUAGCAUUAUUGCAUAACCCCCAAUUUCUGUGUCUUCUAUCUGCUGCCGUCCUAAUUUUAGUUAGGUUUGUGUGUUAUUUGGAUUGCCCGCUUUCUUUUGGUUCUGGUUCUGGUUCUGGUUCUGCUUAUGCUCAUGCUCAUGGGUACUGAAGUCGGGUCAAAUGAACUGAAUCUGACACUAGUGGAUGAUGAAGAAACCCUCUCUCCAAAUACUCUCUCCGUUUCCACAAUACCCCAUGAAAUUCAAAGUUGUGGCCGCGUUCUGGAGGACUCCGAGACUGCCACAGAGUUGUUACCAUCUCAAUCUUCUAUACGCCCUCUCACUCCAGAUUCCAACCGAGAGAAUGCACAUCUAAUUCACGAUUUAUCAUCCCCACUCACAUUGCCUUCUUCCCCUCCCACUUUUUCUUGCUUCAAUUUUAAGCAUAGCAACACUGCUCCUGUUUCUCUGGAUGGUGAUAAUCUACAAACCCCAAAAGAGACUGUCUUUGACCCCUUUGCUCCAGCUCCCACCAGAUUUAUGCUUUCUCCUCACCCUAGGAAAUAUAUCCAGGGAAUGGGAACCAAUGUUGUACGUCGUCUCAACUUCAUAUAUGCUGAAAAUUUGGUUAGAGAUAUUAAUCAUCAAUCAAGUGGAGAGACAAUAUCUGAUGAAGAACAUUUAUUUGAGAGUGUCUACAGCACUAUACUGGACGCUAUUUUUUCAGAGCACAUCAAGGAACUUGUUGCCAAUCAGGUUUCAGAUCCAGAUGGAUUCAGGACGCCUAAAUUUGCACCACGACUCAGUGGGGUUGCUGAAGCAUGUCCUGGAGCUCCAGUGAAGUCCACAAUCUCCAAUUUCUUUUGACAGGGUCCAAUUGGUUCAUAGAAGUAGUAUUCUUAAUUGUGAGUUGGAACCAGUUGCUCGAGCACCAAGUGGGUUGGAAGACGAAAAGCAGAUAUGUACAUGAAAGCUUCCUCUUCCCAAAUAAAGCAACUGGUUUGGCGAUUGCAGCGCUGAUGAAAUACAUGGAAAUGGUAUAAUCUAAUUUGUGCUUA